UGCUUCUAUCGUAUUCUAAUCAAGAGUCAGCGUUUGAGUAGUCAAUACAUCGUGUUAUGAUGUUUACCAACCAUGAACAGCUAAAGCGUCGCACACCGAAAGACGGCAUUGAUCGGCAAGAAUACAUCGCGCUUCUGGUGGACGAGUAUUACGAAACAUUGAAUCUAGAAGCUCAGCAACAAGUAACUGCCAACUUAGCGAAUUUCGCUUACGAUCCUAUCAACUGGAAUCACCUAAAACGCGCUAAAGCUCACGAACUGUUCAUUGAGAUACUAAACAGUUCGGCAGAUUCGGCUUUAUUGUUACACUCCGCGGCAGGAAUUUGCAACAUUUGCCUAGAUGAGCAGGUGGCAGAGUUCUUGAGGCGCGGUGGAACUGUGAAGCAAAUCCGGGCUUUAAUCGCAAGGUAUAUGACAAGGGACGAACUAGUGAAGCAUCUUCUUACGACGUUGAUUUAUUUGGACAAAGACCCUCUGGAUGUGGCUUUCCAUGGAAUUUUACUAAAGUUGAAACGAGCACCGAACAAAACAGUCUCCAAUUUAGCAACGCUAUUCCUCGAAGACAAUCAAGACAAUGCUGUUUCCGAUCCGAAGGUUUCUGAGCGUAGCUUCUCUACGGGACAGAUUUUCACUUUGACGAGGGUUUUCCGGCAGGAAGAUUUGGAAAAGUUCGCGGAGUUCACCGGUGAUAGCAAUCCAAUCCAUAAGUGGGAGCAGCAGAGUUUCGUGAAUGGUGCCUUACUGAAUGCUACAACGGCGGGAAUUAUAGGAAGCAACUUUCCGGGCUAUGUGGUGACGUCCCAAGAAUUCAAGUUUCCCAAUCGAUGCCGAAUAGACGAGGAGGUACACUUUCGCGUGAAGGUGGAUGGGCUGAGGAAGAUUGUGCAAAUCUCGUAUGAAUGCAGUCAAGGGGAGCAGAUGGUAUUCGAAGGCACGGCGAAGUUAUUUGCCGUUAAGGGGUAGAUUGUUUUUAUUUGUCUUUUUUAUAGAGUGGUUUUGUUAAAUAAAGUGGCUUCCAUGGUCGCAAAA